AUGUCCACUGUUGGAGCUCUGUACAACGCCUUCACCUCUCUAUUCAACGAUACCGCUCAAUCCAAUUACAUGUCAUCGGCAGAACACAACAGGCUUCGAGACGAAGGCCAAGAACAUCCCGCAAGAGCGAGCAACGUCGCUAUAGUACGGCAGCCGCAUAGGCAGACCGACCAAGGAUAUUCGAGCCGGCAACGAGAUGUUCGGCAGGGAUCCUACAGGACGGGAGAUAAUAGAGGUUAUUUGGAGCAGAAGGUGCGCAGGUUAGAGGAAGCCAUUUCAGCGGAAAGAGGCAUGAGAGAGCAGGAGGUAGCCAUGCGAGCGACUCUUGAACGGCGCAUCGAGCAGUUAGAGGCAUUGCUGUCCACCCGGACAAACGAACUCGAUGCAGCACAAGCUUUCGUAUCCACCUCCGACGCAUGCACGGACGCUCAAGUGAUGGCCAUCGUUCACAAUAUCAACUACGAGGUUGCGCAGGCGGCCACGUUCCUCUCUGAAUCGUACGAGAAUCACCCUCGCCUGCCAACCGAGAGCGAACUCGAGUCCGGGAUAAAAGUAUUAGGUAGAGAAGGUGUGGGGUAUCUGCGAAAACAGGCGGGUUCAACAGAUGAGAUGCUCGCGCUGCAGAUAAUGUUGCAAGGAAAUAUGACGGAUGUCGUCUUUUGGAUAUCGUCGCAAUGGCAUGUCCCAAUCAGGCGGAGAAAUAGAACGGGAGAGCGUGUAUUGCGAGGGAUUCAUCAACGCCUACAAAACUCUGGUGAGCUAGAGUGUCCCAAUUUCAACCAACGAGAGGCUUACGAGUCCUCCUCAGUGGCCGAAUCUGUAGCGAACAAUUGGCGCGCUCUCACAAAACGUUGUUUCCAGUCCUUCUCCGACAGCGACCGCGAUGCGAAAGAAACGAUGGAAGACGAAUUAGCUACCAUAAUCACCGUUGCGGGCGUAGAGCCAGAUCGUUCUGCAGCUCUGGUGGCCAUCCGGCAGUGCCUCGAGGACCGUAUUUCCGAAAUCAUUCGCUUAGCCUUGAGCCUCAAUAAAUCCAUCGGACAAGACGUUGUCUCGCAUAAUCUGAACGCCGUCGCCGUCGAGCGAGGCGUAGACUUCGAUAUGGACAGGAUGAUAGAUGGAUGGACCGGCAACGAGAACCCAACGCGACAGCGAGCUCGAGUAAUGUGCACCACAGCGCUCGGUCUGGAGAUCCGAGGCCGCGGAGAGUCGUGCAAGCAGACGCUUCUGCAGCCAGCGGUAGCGCUCACCGCUCUGCUUGCACCUUCGGGCAACGAACGUGGUUCGCGUUAG